CACGUUGUCGUCAAACUAACCUCGAACUUGCUAUAAACGAAUAUUAGGCUGCAUUCUCAAAGUGAAGCAGAAUAAACAUUAUGUAGUAAGGUUUAACUUUUUUACGAAAACGAGAUGCGUGGCAUAAGACGGAAUGGAAAUGCUGCCUUAAUGUAAUUUGGAAGGCGGAUGGUGGAAGCGAUUCUUUAGCGACGCAUCGCGGCUACUAUAGUUACCAUCCAAUGUUAACGACACGGAGUCACGAUAUUGUAUUCAACAUUAAUAACCACAAAAAAUGGAGUUACCAGUUACGUAUUGUUUAUGUGGCCGUUCUUAUGAUUCCGAACAAUUUAUGAUACAAUGUGACGUCUGCAAAGAGUGGUACCACGGGGGGUGUGUAUCUGUGAAGGAGUAUAUGUCUAUAGACCUCGACAAGUAUCACUGUACACGUUGUGAAGCCAUGUGUGGACCCUCUCUCAUGAAAGUAAAAUUGAAUUGGCACAGACAUGACUACACAGAAAAGGAUGCAGAUAAUAAACCAGUUCAAACAGGAACACCAGUAUUUAUAAGAGAAUUGAAGUCCAGACAUUUUCCUAAAGCUGAUGAAAUUGUUAAGCAUGUCAGGGGUCAACAAUUAACUCUUCAGUAUCUACAAACAAAUGGAUUUGAAAAUCCUAUUAUAAUCGAUGGAAAAGAUGGUUUAGAUAUGGUUGUACCUCUUCCAAACUUUAGUGUUUACGAUGUGGAGAGUUACAUAGGUGGAGACCGAGAGAUGGAUGUGAUCGAUGUUACAAGACAAAGUAACAUAAGAAUGAAAUUAAGAGACUUUGUCGAAUAUUACAAUUCCCCUUGCAGGACAAGGGUUCUUAAUGUGAUUAGUCUUGAAUUUACAAACACUGGUCUUUCACCAAUGGUCGAAGCACCAUACAUCGCGCGUAAACUCGACUGGGUAAAUUCUGUUUGGCCGCGCGAUUGGUCCGAGGAUAGUGACAUAAAACGUCCUGAAGUACAAAAAUAUUGCCUAAUGGGGGUCAAAGACAGUUUCACAGAUUUCCAUGUCGACUUUGGUGGCACGUCUGUGUGGUAUCACGUACUGCGCGGAGAGAAAGUGUUCUAUUUGAUUAGGCCUACUCCCGCGAAUUUACAGUUGUAUCAACAUUGGAUGUGCAGUUCUACUCAGAGCGAAACAUUUUUUGGAGAUCAAGCGGACGCGUGUUAUAAAUACGUUUUGAAGCAGGGUCAAACUAUGAUGAUUCCAACAGGUUGGAUACAUGCCGUUUUAACUCCGGUUGAUUCCUUGGUUUUUGGUGGAAAUUUUGUACAUAGUCUCAACAUUCCCAUGCAGAUACAAAUAUACGAAUUAGAGAAAAAAAUGAAGACUCCCGCCAAAUUUCAGUAUCCAGGUUUUGAGACAAUCAAUUGGUUUGCAGCAAAAAAAUUACUGAAAGAAUUAAAAGAAUUGAAUAACGAAGGAAAGAAAUGCCCGCCGUAUCUUUUACAGGGCGUUAAGGCAUUACUUAGUAUUCUUAAACAGUGGAACACGGAUAAGGAUUACAAUAUGAUUAGUAGAGGUCAAAUACCGGAAACCAUAAACAGUCAGAAAUUACUAAAAGAUUUUAGCAAGGAAAUUCGACAUGCGGAACGAUACUUAAUAUCUUUGAAUCCUCCGAAACCGGAGCGGGAGAGUAAACGGAAAAAGAAAAAACCGUUGAAUAAAGAUUUUGUUGACUAUGACGUGGCCGACAAAAUGGUGGACAAUCCGUUCAAAACAACGUUAAAAGAGACAAAUAAAGUCGAAGCCACGAUUGGUGAAUCACUGCCGUCCGGUCGACCGCCUUUAAAACUAACUUUACCGAAACCCAUUAUGUACCCAUAUGUAAAGACUCAGGGCCCAUCGUUAGAAGAGAAGAAUAGUGGACCUCUCAAUAGCAAACGAUCAUCGAAACCAGGAAAACAGAGUCCCACUGUAAUUAGAUUUAAACUUGGGAAUAAUGAGGUUGUAAGAAGUACACACGAUACUAUUAAUGUAUAUAAUAAUUUACCUUCGGAUCAUCCUCUUGAUACGUCGAAAGAAUUAACAUGGAAACAAACUUCUAUAUACGAUUUUCAUGACGGUAGUAACGAAAGUGAUUACGGUCGGUUAACAGUAGACGAAUCUCCGAAACGGAAAAGAGCACCUAGGGCUAACGCACAGAAACGUGUGAAACGUGAUUACGACGGUGAUGUAGAUAUUUUGAGCGAUGUACCGAAAAAUGGUAUCGAAGAAUUAUUAAAAGCUUCGGCCUACACAUUAGGAAAUGGCGCACAAAGGUUGGAUGUAACUUCUACAGUGAUUUCACAAUACAGUCAACCUAUGCCACCCCCUACAGGUUCUGGCAGGGCAUCACCAUCGACGCGGGAGGCUAUCGCAGGAAUGCUGUCGUUCAGUGAGCAAUGUUACUCGACUACAUCGAACAGUACUUCCAAAUCUGCGAAAAACGCUAAAACGAAACCACAAGACGAUGAUGACGAUGACGAUCAGUCGAUAGAAAACAUCGAUAAAGUUCAUCAAGAUGAUGAUUUCAUUUAUCCAGCUCUGGACGCUUCGGACGAUGAGGAUUAUAUCUUCAAGUCUAAGUCAAAGAGUCAAAUAGAUGAAGCGUGGAAUCCAAAAGCACGAGUAGGGCCCUUAUUGCCAAAAACAAAUCGACCAGCCCGAGAGGGAGUGAAGAAAACGUCCGUCGAGAAAGGUUUGGAGGCCGCUGCAGCGAAACGAGCUAAACAGUCGGAUGAUUAUCUGGAUAACAACAUGGAGAAGGGCUCCAAGAAAAAAUUGAACGCAACUAAACGAACGUACAAUAAAAAAAAACCGAAGUCGUCACCCGUAAGUUCGACAGGUGAAACAUCGACUACAUCUUCGGAAGACACUAUGAAAACGAAUAUAGGAUUCGGAUCUAUAUUGACAAGUCCUAACAGGUUAAAGGACGUUAAAGCGAAACUGGCGGCCCCGGUUCCAGUCGAACGGAAACCAAAGAAAGGAAUGAAAACAGCGAAACAACGCUUGGGAAAAAUUUUAAAGCUUCACAAGAUGAUGCACUAAAUAGUAAAAGGAUCUGCCUCAAAAAUAAAUUAAGCAUCACGUCAUUUUCUUCAUUUGUGUAUAAAAGUCAUCUAAUAGGUGUACAUUGCUAUGUAAAUAUACCUUACUCGUUAAGGUAGCGUACGUAUUUUAAGAUUCUAGUUUUAAAGAGUAAGAUCUUUAGCUUUUUUUAAACGAUAUAUUUAUAUUUAUUAUUUCAUUAUUUAAUUUUAAGAAAGUAUUUAGCGCAUUUUGAUACUGACUACUUCGACAAAAUGUUGUGUACAUCAUAACAAACAUUUUGCUGAGCUUUUCCUAAAUACGUGAUUUGAUUUUAAUGAUUGAUUUGGAAUCAACUCUGCAAAUGAACAAAGUUAGCAAUUUAUAUGGAUAGAGGCUGUAGCUUACCCAUAUUUGUUUAAAUGAUUACUGAAUAAUUACAGUGAAUUCCACAUGUUACAAUGAUUGCAUGACAAUUGUAGUAUUGAAACCAAGUAAUUGAGUAUAUUGGAACCAAUUUUUCGGGUUCUAAAACUUUGCUAAACAAAUUUUUUACCUAAUUGUACAUUUUUGGUAUUUUCGGUGACUCGUACUUACACGCAUGGUGAGAUUAUAGGAAAUUUUUAUCACCUCGAUUCACAAUAAUAUUUAAUAAUUUAUCUUUUAGAAUAAGUUCCAUCCAUUUAUUCAUAAGCGAGACUAUAAUCCACUUUAUGAUAAUGAUUUCAUUUAUUUUUAUUUCAACAGAUAAUGUAUAUAACAUUCUUUUAUAUUCGUCUAUAGCGUUAUAGUCGAUCAUGUAGAUGCAAAAAAUCAAUGCAAGAAUUGCACUUAGACGUUGACUUUAUUACUUCGUUUUUAUGUCGCAACAUGCACCGAAUUAACUUUUUUAUUAUAGAAAGACGCGUCAUUCAUUUUACAAAUGAGAACUAUCCUGGGACUGGUAUAGUAUUAAUAAUCGUUAGUUUUUAUACACUUACCCAACAAUAACUGAUUGUUAGAAAAUUUUUGAGCAUUAUUGUGAAAUACGUAUUUUUCUUGCAAAUAAAGAUUUUAACUAUCGAUAUAAUUUUUGCAUUCACAACAUCGUCGUAUUGUUGACUGUGUAACACAAGUCCAGAAAAAAUCAUUUUCGUUAUAUAUUAAAUAUUAAAUGCUUAAUAAAUAUUAAUACGAAGGACAGGCAUUGUAAAUUUGUUCUUUAUCUCUAUUGAAUCAUAAACAGAUGCCAGUGUUGUAUGUAUCUUUCUAUUAUCAGUAAAUAACAUGUUAAGCAAUAACUCUCUAUACAGUUGUAUGUUACGUAUGGGUGAGCUAUAUGCAGUAACAUUCGAAAUACCGGGUGACGCAAAUAAAACCGUCCACAAACGCGAAAUACAGUUUUAUUUUGCAACGUAUCGUACAUUUAAGUUUUAUAUGACUAGUAAUUUACGCAUUUAUCGGUAGUAUUCAGAAUCUAUACCAGAAGUGGUCGCCGUUUGUCUUGAUCGAUUUUUAGAUUCGGAAAUGCGAAAUUUUAUUCUUAAACUGUAUUUUACGUUUGAACCAAAUGCUAUGUUUACCACUCGGUGUAAUUCACGAAACUGCCAUUGAUCGUAAAAAUAAACUGUUUAACAUAAACUACUUAACACUU